GCGAGGGAUGUUGCGGCGCGCGGCAACCCUCGCCCCUUGAGCCUUGCCUAGCUUGCCAGAGGACUGACUUUAUCUAUCUUUUUCCUCCCUACGUAUGCGGUGCUUCAUGUAUCAUCACACUGCCCUCAGAUACAAGGCAGCAUCUUUAUAUCAAGCUGUUAACCGUUGGGCAGUUCGUGAGCAGCCAUGGCUGGAGGUAGCACAGGCGUGAGGGAGGAAGCGCUGACCUCGGUUCAACUGACGGUCAACGGUGUGGUUUACCAAGUUGGUUCUGAGGUGUCCCCGAGCACCCACCUCAUCGACUACCUGCGGAACGACCUGCAGCUGACGGGGGCCAAGGCGGUGUGCCGCGAGGGGGGCUGCGGCGCCUGUACGGUGGUGGUCACGGCCCCCGACCCCGAGCACUCCGGGGAGACGAAGACCUUCAGUGUCAAUGCUUGCCGACAGCUGCUGUUUGCUUGUGAUGGCUGGGAGGUGGAGACAGUGGAGUACCUUGGGGACCGCUUGCAGGGUUAUGGCCCCCUGCAGGAGGCACUGGCAGGCUUUUAUGGCACCCAGUGUGGUUACUGCUCCCCAGGGAUGGUCAUGACAAUACAUGGGCAGCAGAAGUCUUCCGGGUCCCUGACCGUGAGUCAGGUGGAGGGCGCCCUGGAUGGCAAUCUGUGUCGCUGCACUGGCUAUCGGCCCAUCUUGGAUGCCUUCAAGUCUCUGGCAGUGGAUGGCAGCCAGAAGCUCAAGGACAUACUACCGGACAUAGAGGAUGUUUACAAAGCCAAGGGCUGUUGUAAGGAAAAGGGCAAGGGCAAGUGCCAGUCUGCCUGUGGGGAUGCCAAGAGUACCAAGUGCGCCAAGAAGCAAGGUGUGAUGGUGCGGGCAGAUGGCACCCAUUGGUACCAACCUACAUCCUUGCAGGGGAUUUACGAUGUGAUAAACAGUUUGGCAGCAGGAGAGACAUAUCAGCUUGUUGUCGGGAACACUGGAGAAGGAGUGUACAGGAACACCACCACACCUGCUGCCUACAUCACCACGGCUGGAGUGAAAGACCUGUAUGAGAUCGAGGGGUCUGCCAUCUCCCUCAAGCUGGGCGGCUGCGUCAACCUUGCCCGGGCCAUCGAAACCUUCAAGACGGCCGAGUUUGCUGAAGGUUUCCGAUACCUGGACACUCUUGCCAACCAUUGGUCUGCAGUGGCCAACACAGCAACUCGAAAUGUGGGAAGCAUCGCUGGGAAUCUGAUGCUGAAGCACCAACACCCUGAGUUCCCAUCGGACAUCUUCCUGACGCUGCUGGGUGCCAGUGCAACAAUGACCCUGGGCAUUGCUUCUGAUGGCUCCACCAUGCAGGUGACUCUGGAAGAGUUCCUCUCCACUGACAUGACUGGCCGUAUCAUCCUUUCCAUCACGCUGCCUCAAUUUUCCCUCAACACCCAGAUGCACACCUACAAGAUCACCCCUCGCGCAGUGAAUGCUCACGCCUACGUCAAUGCAGUGUUCACAUUCGAGGUGGACGAAAGUGCAGACUUCACGGUGACAAGCAAGCCCAUCAUCCUGUAUGGAGGCAUCAACCCAUCCUUUAUCCAUGCCAGUCUAACAGAGGAGUUCCUGAAUGGGCGGUCUCUUUUGGAGUCCAACGUGGCGGUUCAGGCAUCAGCAGUGUUGUCCACAGAACUGUUGCCUGACAGCCAGCCUCAGGAUGCCUCCCCAGAGUACCGCUCCUCCCUGGCCGAGGCACUCCUCUACAAGGCCAUAAUCAGCAUGCUGGGUAAUGCAGUGAGUCCAGAACUGGUGAGUGGUGGCAGCCUCAUCACUCGGCCUCUGUCAUCUGGGCAGCAAAUCUUCACAGAGAACUCUGAAAUGUUUCCAGUGGGGAAGCCCAUUCCCAAGGUGGAGUCUCUGCCUCAGGCCUCAGGAGAGGCGCUGUACAUGAAUGAUGCCCCAGCCUUGCCCAGGGAGCUGGUUGGAUACAUCAUCCAGAGCACUGUGGGAAGGGCCACCAUCACCUCUAUCGACACCUCCCAGGCACAGGCGGCUGAAGGAGUGGUGGCGGUGGUGACGGCUGCUGAUGUCCCUGGCGUCAACAGCUUCAUUGCUGACAAUGGGGUUCAUCCUGAGGAGGUGUUUGCAUCCACGGAGGUGAAGUAUGCUGGCCAGGCACUGGGCCUGGUGGUGGCUACCAGCUACAGUGCUGCCCAGGCUGCUGCUGCCCUGGUGGUGGUUGAAUAUGCUAAUGUGCAGACACCUGUUCUUACCAUCCAGCAAGCACAGGAUGAGGGCUGGAUAUAUUCUGCCCAGCAAGAGCCCUUGACAAUGGGAGAUGUGGAGGCUGGCUUUGCUUCUUCUACACACAUCCUCACUGGGGAGUUUUCCCUGGGUGGACAACACCACAUGGCAAUGGAGCCAGUGUCUGCCCGUGUGGCGCCCACCGAGGAUGGCUAUGACGUUCUGGACACCACCAUCUGGCCAGCCGAGUCUCAGUCUGUCGUGGCUCAGGUGCUCAAUGUGGAUGCCAGCAGUGUGAACGUGUCAGUGCGUCGCAUUGGUGGUUCCUUUGGAGGCAAGAUCAGUCGAAGCCACAUGGUGUCUGCCGCUGCAGCUGUGGGGGCCUGGAAGGCUUGCAAGCCAGUGAAGAUUGCCUUGAACAUGAAGACCUACAUGACACUCACUGGUGGCCGGGAGCCCUACUACUCCAAGUACAAGGUUGGCAUAGAUACUGAAGGUAAAUUGAUGGCCAUCGAAGAAGAAAUAACAUGUGACAGUGGCUGUGCAGCAAAUGAUGUUGGUUCUUCCCUUGCUGCUUCAUGGAUGAGUAGUGUCUACUACUGCCCUAACUGGCUGGUCACAGCCAUGUAUGCCAUCACCAACACCCCAAGCAACACCUAUAUGAGAGCACCAGGCAUAAUUGAGGGAUUAAGUUCCAUGGAGGCCAUCAUGGAGCACAUUGCUGCCUACCUGGGCAAGGAUCCAUUGGAGGUGAGGGAGCUCAACCUGGCCGAGACCGGGGCUGAGCGACCUUCCUUCCCCCCGGUGGAAAAGAACGUCUUCAAGGAUGACAUCUUGCCCCUCCUCAAAACAUCAGCAGACUUUGAGAACAGAAAGUUGGAGGUGGCUGCCUUUAAUGAUACUAACAGGUGGCGGAAGAGAGGCAUAGCGCUUGUGCCCUCUGGCUUCAACAUUGGCUAUGCUGGCAACUUUCGAUUUGGUGGCCUGAUCAACAUCUAUUCUCAUGAUGGCACUGUUGCUAUCACUCAUGGAGGCAUAGACAUGGGCCAGGGAAUCAAUACUAAGGUGAGCCAGAUUGCUGCCUACAUCCUGGGUGUUCCCCUGGAGACAGUGAAGGUGAAGGCCACUUCCACCACCUCCAAUGCCAACUCCCUACACCAGGGGGCCACCGUCUGCUCGGACAUUGUGUGCUUUGGAGUGAAGAAAGCUUGUGAGACUCUGGCAACAAGAAUUGCUGACUUUAAGGCCACUUUGCCUGAUGGGGGUGCAGGCCUUACUUGGCCAGAGCUGCUGAAGACUUGUAUUAACAAUGAUAUUGACAUCAGUGAGAGAUACUGGACCAAGGUAGGAGAGUACCCGGCAGACUAUGAUGUGUAUGGCGGAGCUGUUGUGGAAGUGGAGUUGGACGUCCUCACUGGCACAUUCCUCACUCGUCGUGUAGAUGCCAUAGAGGACUGUGGGCAGAGCAUGAGUCCAUAUGUUGACCUGGGCCAGGUGGAGGGUGCCCUGGCCAUGAGUAUGGGGUUGCAUACCUGUGAGGAGCUCAAGUACGACCCCGCUACAGGGCAGAAGAUUACGGCAGGAACCUGGUACUACAAGCCUCAGAGUGCUCUGGACAUUCCUGUGGAUUUGAGAGUGACUCUGCUGCCCAACUCUGCCAACACAAGUGGAGUCCUGCGUGCCAAAGCUGUGGGUGAGCCUCCAAUGUGCCUGGGUUAUGGAGUGGUGUUGGCCCUGCGUCAGGCCAUUACUGCCGCCAGAACACUUGCUGGGAACACUGAUUGGUUUGACAUAAGCACCCCACUCACUGUGGAAAAGAUACAGCAGCUCUGCCUGGUUAAUGUCAGUCAGUUUGUCACAGUGUGAAAUUUCAGCAGAUUGCUUCAUGGAUGGUUUGGCACCGGUGGACUGCUGCUACAAGAGAAUACAUGCCAGCCACCUGAGCAGCUUCUUAAAAUUAAUAUCUGACCCUCUACUUUACAAAUUGACUAAUUAUAUAAGAUAUGGGAUAUAUAACAGUUUCUGAUGAUAGGUAGUUUCGAUUCCAUGAAUUUAAAUUGGUAGUAUUAUCCUUUACUAUGGAGUGCUGAAUCAUAUUUAUCAGUGUAAAUGAUUAAUCAAUAUAUAGUGUUGUUAUUGCUAUGUAGGUGGUGUGGGAUUCAGUGACUGAAUAACCCCAUAAUUUUAUAUAUAAAGGCCAGAGUUUGAGUUCUGCAUGUCAAAUUGUCAUUUUAUGAUCAUUCCAAAAUGUUCCAAAUGAUCACUUUGAUGCUACUGAUGCUCCUAAGUGCAUAACAUGAACACAGAUUCUUUUCUUACAACCCUGAUCUUUGAUGCAAUUUCUGUAUUCAGGUCUGAUUGUUUGGGGGUAGUUUAUGAGUAUGAUCCUUCAGAUAUGCUCACGGAUAGAGAUCUAGGGUAUUAAGGUCAGAUGAAUGUGGAGAUAACCCAGAGUCUCACCUAUUGAUCAGUUCUUUCUGAAUGUUGUCAUAGCCAAACAAUUUUUGAGAAAGUGUGAAGGGUUGUUCCAUCAUACGGUACUAAAACGAAUCUUUACCCCAUUGUUCUUCACAAGGGAGGUCUCUACAUCUUAUUAGUGUCUUAUAAUAGUUAAUUAUUUACCAUGAUGUUAAUUUUCAUCUAUGACUUUAAAAGAUCCAAUGAAUUUGAGAUGGCCACCCAUGGUGUGCAUUUUGGGAAAUGCAAUGGGUGCUGGAAAACAUCCACUUGUGCCAUUGUGCCCCAGAAAAUAAUAUUUUUGCUGUUGACAUGACCUGAGAGAAUUACAUGCCUAGUCAAAAAACUAUAAAUUAAAAAAUUGUUACUUUUUUGUCACAAAGCAGAACUUGUCUCCAUAUCUUUCAUCAUCAUCUUUUUAACCUGUGGGCUUCGGCUAUGGGAAAGCCGAGAAGUGGCCGAGAAACGACAAAAUUACACUGUAUUUUGAGACUAAGAAAAGAGCAUGGAACGUACAUCAGAGUAUUCCUCUCAUAACCAUAAAGCCGUUAAAAAUAUUUACUUUUACUGAAACUCCAUUCUUUUUGGGUGGUGUUUGUUACAAAAUAAACAGUCUCGUGACACAUGGCAUCUAGCCGAGACUCACUUGUUGUCUACUAUAGAGAAUUUGACAAGCGAUUACUGUAUGGAUAGCUAAUUGAGUAUGCCAUGACCUUACAGCACCACCUAUGACAAAAAAGCCCACCUCAAGAUCACUCACCCACCACAAUGACAUCGGGCAUUCAUGGUGGGUUGCGCUAUGCCACCACUGCCUACAAUUAGCUUGAAUUAGGUGUUUUAUGGAGAGCCCUUUUUAGGGUCCACCAUACCACAGCCAUGACUCAUGAAAGCCCUAAAAAGGGUCUGCCAACGUUCUCGGGUUAAGCUCAAUUCUGUUAACGGAGACUGGAUUUCCUGGGUACAUUGUUGGAUUGAUUUCUUAUGGCUCCAGCCAAUAGAGUCCCUGACGGCAAGAUUCCUUGCCACCCUCACACCCAGACAAUCAGAGCCCUGAAUAUAGAAAUCUCAUCAUUGAUCAGAACUAUCUCAAAAGACGUGUGUGUGUGUAAUUGACAAUACUGUGUGCUAUUUUCAGGAUUACCAGCAACAUUGAGGUGGUCACUUGUAACAUGGGCAAAAUUUUAAAUAUAGCACAUCUAUUAUGAAUUAUUUAAAUGACUAUGAUUUGUAUUCAUUUAUGUCAUCCUGUAUUAAUACAGUGUUUACACUGUAUGGUCAGCCCAGCCCAUUAAUAAAGUUGGCAGAUACUUUAUCAAUGUAGGCUAUUAAACUAGAUCUUGCUUGACACUGGUUUGUCUGAAUAUUGAAAACACAUUAAACUUCAGUUAUAUUAUAUAUUGUUAUUCAUGAAUAAAAGCAACUAUGAUAA